AUGGCCACCUUUCAUAACCCUAAUGUAGUACCCGACAACAGCCUCCUGUGCCAGAUAUUCGGCAAAAACGUGCUUUUAAGGCUGGCCACCGUACGCCAGGACGGGGAUCGUUGCGUCUUCAAAGCCUUAGUACUAAAAAAGCUUGACCAUGGCCAGAAUUCAUGCUUUGUGCGCCUCCGGGCUCUGGACAAGCCGGCACCCUCGUUUUACACGGUUGCUGCUAUGCAAAAAAUAGCCGCAUCUUGCAUCAAACACCUUGUUCCAGCAACCAUCAAAAUCGGUGAGGCAACCAAUGACCAAGCAAGAAAGUUCCAGUUUUGGGUCAUGGAACUUGACAAAGGAAUUGCCCUGGACAACAUCUGGGAAAAGAUGAACCAUGAGAAUCGGAAGUCUGUGGUCAAGAACCUGGUCGAGGUGCUCUUUUCACUUCAAUCUUUGAAGAUCUCAGACUACAAAGUCCAGAACACCCUCCAGGAAUCACUCGGCGAGCACAGAAAGGAAGAACUUACGGAGGCUGCCAAGGCUUCCUUCGGGGGCCCAUUGUCGGGAUUCCUGGAAACAGAGGCCUUUUUCAUGGCCUUUCUCUUGCGAGUGUUUGGCUUUGACCAGCCAUUCAAGAACAUCUUCGUAAACCGAUUUAACAGCAUGAAGCCUGUGUCUGAUCCGGCCGGCAUUGUGCUGGAAUUUGCGGCAAAACAUGUGGACUCGUUCAGAAUCAACGAUGAUGAUAUGCGGAAGUUCCAAGAGGCUGUUUUCUGCCUCAACGACAUUAGGCCUCAGAACAUCAUGGUCCUAGGGGUUGAAACCGAUGAUGGACGAGUGAAAUACGAGCUCACUGGUCUCGUGGAGCGGGCAUGGGCUGGUUUCUUUCCCCCCUCAUUUCAGCUGAGUUUGCAAGACUCAUUGGUGGGUGUUACAAACCGCCAUCUUUCCUUCUACUUACUUUUGAAACAAGAACUCACUGGAUUUCUCCCUCGAACCCCGCCACAUAUGUCGUUGGCGAGGGCCAUGUUCCACCUCUUGGAGGCCCAGCAAGUGAAGAAGUUGGCUGAGGCCGAUAUGGAAGCUCAAAUUCGCAAACGGUACAUGGCCGUGAUGCGGGUAUCCCGGGACAAGGAUCCGUAUGUUGGAUGGAAAUAUGACGUCGAAGGACCAAUUCCGGAGGUGUCGGCUGAAGCUUUUGACAGGAUGGAGAUCGAUGCUGUUAAUAGCAUGUGGGACUAG